AUGGGCAAACCUAUCAUCCGACCCUCCCUCAAAAUCUCCAAAAAAGAACCAAACCAUCAAUUCAACAGCCGUGUAAAAGUUCUAAAACCAAAGGUUUACAUAACUCACUCAUCAAACUUCAAGACCCUCGUUCAAAAGGUCACAGGCAACGGUUCUUCAUCUUCAUCCAUCUCUUCUUUCUCUCCUCCUACCACUGUGGCUAUGGUGUCAACACAACCACCUCAUGUGAUCCAUAUUGAUGACUAUGGUAGCCCUGAUCAUAGUCUAGAUCUUAGCACCGAUCAAAGUUUGGAUAACACGUUGAUGUCGUUUGAUUACAGUUAUUGUUCAUCUGAAGAUUUAGGGUUGUCAUCAAACGUCUCUUCUUUCUCUCCUCCUUCCGCUAUGCAUGUGGUUUCAUCAGAACCAACUCAAGUGAUCCAUAUUGAUGACUAUGAUAGCCUAGACCCCAAUUCAAAUAGCACAUAUAUAGCGUCUGAUUAUAGUUAUUGUUCGACUGAAGAGUUAGGAGUACAGUGGCCGCAAGAUCAUGGCCUGGAUUAUGUGGAUGAGAUUCAACUCAAGAACCUUGAGUCUUGGCUCCUAGACAUUGAUCAAUCUUCAUAUAUCCACGAUGAACCAUUUGUGCCCAUGAACACGUACGAGUAUGGCUACAACUUAUCGUCCAUCAUCUGA